UUUAACGUCAAUUAAUUCGGCUGAAGAUGUUUUGUUUAUACUUUGUGAAUCAUAUUCGAAAGUAAAACAUUCAAAAAAUCCCUUACAAAACUAAGAAAUGCACGCAAAAUUACCGGUGAAUAGUUAAUAAAUAGGAGAUUGCUAAAACAGAAGAUUAUGGCUUGUUCGUUGUGCUAUGAGUCCAGGGAGGUGUUGAUUGAUUUCGAAAGUGAUGAAGCAAAACAGUUGUACAUUGCCACGAUACUCUAUAAACAUUUCCCAUUUUGUUUCAAUGAAGAGCCGAGAUUCGGUUAUGUUUGCCGAAAAUGUUGGUGUAAAGUGGAUGUGUUUCAUCAGUUUUUCAUUCGAAUAGAAGAAAUUCAGGGCAUUUGCUAUAGAAGUGAGCAUAUUGAUUCAAACAAGUGUGAUACUACCUCGAGUGAAUCGAAAGAGUUGAUAAUCAGUGAGAGUAUCGAAUUCCUUGAGAACGAUGAUAUAACCAACAACUUUGACAAUAUUUCAACAGAUCAUAAUUAUUUCGAUGAAAACAGCGAUGAAGAUGAUCGCACAGAACUCUCUUUACCUUCAAUUAAAGAAGAGACCGACGACACUGCACAGAAACAAUUGAAAAAUUCACUAAAGAAACGAAAAUAUAAAAAACACCCAAAAUUAGAGAAUCUGAAGUGCAAUGAUUGCGAAGAGACAUUUGUCAGCAUAUACAGAUUGAAAAAACACGUAAAAGAGAAGCAUCCCGAAGUUUCGUAUCGAUGCGAAAACUAUCAUUGUUCGGAAACUUUUGCAUCCGCAGAACACUUGAAGGCACACACGAGAAAAAGGCAUGGCAAAGUUCCGUGUCCACAUUGUAGCAAGAUGAUUCUGGCGAAGGGUAUGAAGAAACACAUUCGAAAAGUUCAUGAAGUCGACCAAGGAGUCGUGUGUCAUCUGUGCGGUAAAGUUUCAAGCACUAUUUUCAUGCACAAGUACCACAUUCGAUCUGACCAUGAGGUUCACGAAAGACUUCAAUGUGACAUCUGUAAAGAAUGGUAUAAAAAUAAGGAAAAUCUGCGAUCACACAUGAAAAGUAUUCACGUGGAAGGGCCAAAAACUUGUAAUAUAUGUGGUCGGAUAUCCACAAACAUGAAGGCGCUAUCGAAACACAAGAAAAUUCAUUUGGAAGGCUCAAAGGAACGGUUCAAGUGUAUUGUUUGUGGAAAGGGAUUUCGUGAUCGCACCAAGCUAAAAGAACAUGGUUACAUUCAUACUGGCAUAACAGAUGCGUAUGUUUGCCAGUUUUGCGGGAAAGCUUUUCGUUUUGGCUCGUCCAUGUAUGCUCAUAGGAAAAAAGCCCAUCCAAACGAGAUGAAUGCAUUGAAAUUUAGCUGAGAUUCGUGAUUUGAUCGAGAUUAAUCAACGCGUUUUCCAUCACAAAAUAAAAUCGCAUUUCAGAAGAAUAUGAAGAAAAGAAAUUUAAAGAUACGACGAUUCGCCAUCGUAAUCAGUGUCAAUAAUUGAACAUUUUAUUUGUUAUGUUAUCGAACAUUGUCAAACCACACACCGUGAUUUCCAGCAAAUUAUUUUAAUGACAAAAAUGUUGACUUGAAUAUGUUUUAAUAAAAUUCAUACAUGA